AUGGAAACGAAGAGAAAGAAAAGGGAGCAGAAAAGAACCACCCACUACAUGUACAUCCCAGAACAUAUCAUCUGCAACAUCCUUAGUAGACUUCCUGCUGAAUCGCUUCAUAAGUUCAGGUAUGCCUGCAACCAAUGGUUUAACUUAAUCAAGCAUCCCCAGUUCAUCAAAGAACACCUCCUUCACUCCAAGCCUUGUUUACUCAUCCAGGACCGAAUUGUCACCAAGAGGUCACUGUUCGACACACAAUUGAUGUCUAUUGAAGGAGCAAACAUUAGGGUUCGAGACCUAAGCAGGUUCUUCACUGGCCAAAUCAGGGCCAGUUGUAAUGGUUUGCUACUGGUGCAAAAUUGGGUCGAUUAUACUCUUCUGCAUAUUACUAAUCCUAUCACUGGGCAAUGGUUAGGGCUUCCUCCGUGUAAUGGGUUCAUUGCAAGCGGUUGCACUUUUGGGCUUGCAUUUGUUCCCUCCACUGCAGACUAUAAGGUGGUAUGCAUAUUUCGCCAUUGGUAUGGCAUUAAGUGUCAGAUUCUUAGUUUAAGAGGUUGCUUUAAUGGCAGAUGCAAUGAUACAUGGAGAGAUGUGAAUGGGCCUCUUUCCAGACUAACACCAUCGACCAUGGAGGUCCCAAUACUGGUAAACGGUGGAAUUUUGCAUUGGAAGACUGACUCCCGAAGUCACAUUCUCUCACUGGAUUGCAGUAAUGAAACAUUCCAAAGAACUCCUCUCCCAAAAUGUAAGAUCAUUAAUGUUCAUCUCCUGGAGAUGGGGGGAUUUCUUGCUUUUGUGAACAUCAAGCACACUCGAAUUGACAUAUGGGUUUUGAAGGAUUACAGUGGGAAGAGAUGGAUCAAACAGUAUUACAUCGACACAGUUCUUAUACGAGAUGUGGUUCCCACAAGAUUUCUGCAUUGCAUUAAACCUCUUGUUAGCUUGGGAAAAGGGGAAGAGAUGAUCUUUUCAUGCAGCAAUUGCUUGUUUUGUUACAAUGUCAAACUCGGUCGAGCAAUGAAGAUUGAUCAAAAUAUCAGUCAACUUGUUUUCUAUGCUCCUCAUGUUAAUAGCAGCAUCUUUUGGACAAUUAAAAGAGCCUCCAUUGAUAUGUAA